ACUCUCUUUUCGCUGCUGCUCUCUUGACGGGUGAGAUAAUUCAACUCUGUGUCUCUUCCCUUUUGUUGCAGAACGUGCGCAGCAGCGUGGCCUCGACCCCUCCUCCUCAGUUGCUUCGAAGCGUAUUCGUCUGCAAACGAUGAGCUUCAUCAGCCGCCUCGGCCUUUGGCCGCAGACGGGGACCAAUAGUACUGGCCUCAUCGUAGCAAGCACGGCAAUCGCAACAGCUGCGGUGCUUUCACUCCUCCGGAGCUAUCUGUGGCCGACGCCGCCCAAGAUCGACCGCUCGCCGCUCCGGACCGUUCUGCCCACGCUCUCGCCAGACGAGCUCAACAGGCUCGAGUACAAGCCCGACAGUUUUCCCGGCGCCCGGGAUGUCGAGACACCGUACGGCUCCAUCCGCGUGUACGAAUGGGGCCCGCUGACCGGCGAGAAGGUCGUCUUCGUCCACGGCAUCAGCACCUCGUGCAUGACCCUGAGCAAGCUGGCCCACGCCCUGGUGAACGAGAAGGGCUGUCGCGUCAUGCUCUUCGACCUGUUUGGCCGCGGCUUCUCCGAUAACCCCUCCGAUCUCCCCCACGACGCCCGUCUCUACACCACCCAGAUCUUGAUCGCGCUGGCGUCGUCCACCGAGAUAUCCUGGACCGGGCCGAAUGCCUUCAAGCUGGUAGGCUAUUCCCUCGGCGGCGGCAUCGCCGUCCACUUCGCAACCGCCUUUCCGCACCUCGUCUCCUCGCUCGUCCUGCUCGCCCCCGCCGGCCUCAUCCGCCCUGAAUCCUUCGGCGCUCUCUCACGCGCGGUGUUCACCUCGGGCCUCGUCCCGCCCAGGCUGCUGGCCUGGAUCACCCGCCAGCGGCUCAAGAAGCCCAUCCGCGAGAGCGGCAAGCGGAGCAACGGCGGCGGCAGCCGAACCCCAGCCUCGCGACCCGACCCCGUGGCCGCGUCCCUCUCCGAAACCGCCCCGCUCCUGGGUGGUCCGGGCGGCGGCGGGAGCCGGCCGGAACCGCGCAACGCGCUCGAGCAGCGCGUCCUCCGCGACGUGCACUGGCAGCUCGCCCACCACGCCGGCUUCGUGCCGGCCUUCAUGUCGUGCAUCCGCCACGCGCCCCUCGUGGGCCAGCACGCCGCCUGGGCGAAGCUCGCCGACCGCGCGCCGGGCACGACCGUCAUCAUCCUCGGCGAGGGCGAUGAGAUCAUCGACCCGGUCGAGUACGUGCACGACGCGCGGCCGCUGGUGGGCGGGCCGGAGAAGGUGGCAUGGGCGGUUGUCCCGGGAGGCCACGACUUCCCCAUGACGUCUGCGGAGGACACGCUGGCGGAGAUGUACAAGGCGUGGGGGUGGCCGUUAUUUUGAUGAGAGAGGGUUGGUGGGAUACGCGGGGAUUGUGAAGGAACUGAUCUGCCGGCUGGGCUUUUGGUAUAUCCACGAGCGUUGGAGCUGUCAUUGUUUUCUAGACCGAGCGAGCGUGCGAGCAAUUACCAGUACCGGCACCGCAAUGUGAC